AUCCGUAAUGCUUGUGAGAUUUCACGCACUCAGCAAUUCCCUAACCUGAACAAAUACUCAUCCUUCCUGGGCGAUUUCUCUGACGUUUUCUGGGGCAACAACUAUGGUCAUGAUCAUGAUUAGCCAGUACAUUUUUGACAACUAUGGCUGAGGUUUGGCUGCCAAGAUAACACACCCAGUAAGUAUCGCUACCGGAUCUAGCUAGCUUUGGCAUACUCGUCUUGUAGCAAUUGCAUACCUGAGUGCCCCUGUAGAACAUCUUCACUAAAGAGUGCCAAGUACAUCUUGUUUGAUCCUUGCAAAGAUAUGCCCUGUAUCCCAUUAGAUGGCUGCACAAAGGUGUCACCAUUAUUAUAUAUACACCCCGUUCAAGCCUUUAAAGUCUCACUUUAUCAUCAUGGUUAAUGCUUGUAUAUUUCUGUGUCAGGAGACGCAGCAUUUGAACAAAAACUUUGUAUAUGAACAUAUGUCUAAACAAGUAAAUCAAUUUAAGUGGGCCAAACCCCAAAGAAUAUCAAAGCCCAGACCUUUAAAUGAGACAAAUCGGUCGGUGUGUUCUCACACUCGUAAUGUGAGUGCGCAAUGAGAACAAACAGAAAAGCUAGAUAGAGAGAAUCUUAACUUUGCCAUGUACGUAUGGUUGUGCUAGGACAAGCUGCAUUGUCACGAUUAUUCUAAAACGGGACCAUUCAUAUACCACAUGGAGAGAAGGAUACUACAUUACAAACAAUCGAAACAGAGAGACUAUGAUUUAUUUGUCCUUUUUAGCUCCAUACAUACUAUAAUCUUAUCUCGUUAGUUUCUUUUCACAGUCAAACUUGCAGUCAUUCAUGAAUGUACUUCAUGUGUUAUAAACUGUUUGAGUUAGUUUUUUACUUUUUUACAUAACAUACCCAAAACAGUAACUGUUUGAAAAGAAAAUCGUCAAACGAUGAUCAUUUAUUCAUUUUUAAGUAAUUCUUGUUUUAGACUAAAACCAAACUUAACUGAAGUGCAUGAAGUUUACUUGACACCACACUCGAAAAAUCAAUCUGAUACUGUAAAACUCGUUUAUUGUAUCUUGUAAUAUAUGUCGACAUCACUAGCAUAAAAUUACCAUUAUCAUCGUAGAGACUAGAGAAUAAGGACACAUCUGUGCAUUCAAUUAUAUUCCCUUUGUAAUAUUACAUAUUUUUAUAUAUUUGAGGCAAAUCAAGAGGGGUUGAUUUUGUCUUCAUCCUUCUCUUAUCUCUAUCUUCCUCCACAGGCUCUCAAUCCUCUAACAUUAAGAUCAUGUACGUACUUUAUAUUGCCGACCAAAAAGAAAAAGAACAUUAAUAAGACUUUUAAUUAUCUUAAAAUCAUGUUUGAUUUGAUUAUACUCCAUAGAACAGUGAUUAGUGGAAUCAAUAUUUUAAGAAAAUGAAAAUUAAUGGUACAUUAAUCCAAAACUUUGUUUCUUUAUUUAGGAGUCUUGCGCCAAGUCAUGAUUACGCUCUGUGAAGAGAGCCUUUCAAGCUGAAAAACAUAGGAAAAUGUAAAAGGACCAUAAACUUCUCUUUCUAUAUAAAAAAACCGGGAGAUUUGCUAAAACCAACCCAAAUAUUCAAGUCAAAUAUAAAAGUGUACCCCACUUUCAGUCAAAUGCAAAACCAACCUAAAGGGGUAGUGAAAGUACUAUUUAACCCUUAUGACCAAACAAAAAACAUAAAUGUAUUUUACGUUUUUAUCCUUUGGAAGUCUACACGUAAAAAACGAAGUCUACAAAUGUUUAGACUUUCUUAGAAGUCUACCUUAUAGACUUAGUUUGUAGUCUAUACUCUAAUUUGAUCUAAAAUUUUAAUUUUGAAAAUGUAUAAAAAUAAUUAUAGUGAUAUUUUUAACUAAUCAUCAAUAUAAUGGAUAAUAUGAACUAAAUAAAUUAAAAUUUCAUAUAAUUGAAUAAUUUUCAAGAAUAUAUACUAAUUUGGUUAUCAUGUGUUGGACAAUGUUUAUAGUUUACAAACAAAAGGUUAUAACAUGUUAUGUCUUUUAGUGGUUGAUUUCAUAGGGUUAGAUUUUAGAUUUUGUUUUUUUUUUUGUUUUAUUAACUUAAAUCAGCAUAUUAAUGUUUAGUAGUUUAUAUUUUGUAUAAUUGGGACUUUUUGAUUAUCAAGCAAAACAUUUAGGGUUUGAUAUUUGGGGUUUAGGGUUUCGUAGACCUACAGAAAAGUCUAUUUAGCUGGAGACGUCCUUUUCAGUCUAUUUUAUUGGUGUUCACAUAAAAUCUUUUUAUUUUAAAUUAAAUUUCCAUAUUUAUGAAUAAGAAUGUUAAAUCAUAUAUUAAUAAAUAUAAAAAAUAAAUAAAAAAUUUAGUAAGUUAUCUUUUUAAUUUUCGCAAAUAAUAAAGGGAAAGAAAAAAAUCGUUGUAGACUGACAAAGAAGUCCACAUAUCAAAUUUAACCUAACCGGAUUUAACCAAUAUAAUAUUAACCAAAUCGAAUUUAAACCAAACCUCUUUUAACCUAACCAGAAAAGUUACCCAGAAUAUAAAUACGAUUUGUUAAGCUUUUUGGGGUAAAAAAAACCCUAAUCCCCGCCGUUCUCUCUCUCAUGCGAUUUUCGGGGAGAUUUCCGGCGAACUCUAGCCACACCGUUUCCGCCGCUUAAACUAGUCGUUGUCCACUCCGUCGCUCUGAUCUGAGCCGGCGACUUCCAAAUCUCUGCUUCCUGUCAGUCUCACGGCUUCUACUCUAGCGAGCUAACAAACUGUGUUUCAUCUUUUCAGGGAACGAACGGUACGUCAUCUCUCUAUGUCUUCUCUCGUUUAACUAAUAACCUAACUAGUUGACUUAUAUUCCUGUAACCUCUCUCUUAGUUUGUUAACUAACCUAUUAGUUUCUUCUCUAAUCCAUUUUCUGCUUCCGGUCAGUCUACUUUAAGGUACACAUCAUUGUUGAUAUGUAGACAUAUUUUUUGAAUUGUUGUAUACUGUUUUUGGCUUCCGUCGAAGGAUGACAAAUUUAGUUUGGUUAGAUGGUUUCGUAUUCUCGAUUUAUGAUAGAGUUUGGGUUAUUAAUUUAGUUUGAAUGGUUAAUUCUCGUGUAGACUUCAUUUUGAUUUGUAGACUUCUCGGAUAGACUUCAUCUUGCAUUGUAGACUUCUCGGGUAAACUUCAUCUUGCAUUGUAGACUUCUCGUGUAGUCUUCACUCUGCAUUGUAGACUUCUCGUGUAGACUUCACUCUGCAUUGUAGACUUCUCGUGUAGACUUCAUUCUGAAUUGUAGACUUCUCGCAUAGAAUUAAUUUUGAAUUGUAGACUUCUUUUAUUCGUUUGUAAACUUCUCUUGUGUAAUUUUUUGUUUGUGCUUUUUUGCUGCAGGUUUCAAAAUGGAUAAACUUGAUUUCCCACAAAGGCUGUAUAGUGUAGGCCAGGAACCUUUUCCGAAUAAAAGCAUUGCCUACUACAGCAAUGACAGCAAGCUCUUCCCUGCUCUUAAAGAAGCACUCGAGGCAGAUGAAUGGGAGGAGCUCAAGAACUCGAGAGUAGGAGUGUUCUUAAAGUUCCACGAAAUGAAGUUUGGAUGGGCUUCAAGGCUGGUGCACUAUAUACUGUGUUUUCAGCUUGACUGCAAGAAGAAGUUUGAGUUGUGGAGUCUCGUAGGUGUUGAACCAUUGAGGUUUUCUCUGCAUGAAUUUGAAGAGAUAACUGGCCUGAACUGCGAGUAUGUGAAGAAUCUCGAGAAUCCGUUGGUUGAGGUAACGGCUGACAUGAAAGCAUUUUGGGCGCAGAUGGGAGUGAAUUUCGACCGGGGGCCAAGUAUUGAUGAAUUAACUGCAGCGUGUCAGAUGUGCAGAACAUGGUCUCGAGAUGAUCGGCUGCGUUUAGGGUAUCUAGCCAUCUACGCUGGCUUCAUCGAAGCAAGAAGAACCUCGUCACCCACACGGGCUAGCCUGGCUAGGUUAGUGAUGGAUCUAGAUGCUUUUGAAGAUUAUCCGUGGGGAAGAGUAGCCUUUAAAUUCUUGAUGGAGUCGGUGAAGGGUGUAGACUUGACAAAGACGUAUGCUAUUGAAGGCUUUGUUCAGGUUCUUCAAGUCUGGGUCUACUGCUGUCUCCCUGAAUUCGGAGCUGGGUAUGGUCUCCCUAUAGAAGGUUCUCCGACCCCACCUCUACUUGCCUUUUAG